AUGAGUGAAGUGAUUAAUUUGUCAUUAUCGCAAAAGGCAAACCAUCUCCUGACCCAUUUGUACAAUAACCAAGAAGCUCAUCUUCCGUAUAGCAAAACUGCAACUGUGGAAUUUGACAAUUCUGUCUUCUUAUCAACUUCUAAAAACCCAAAUGGCACAGUAAAUUAUUCACCUCGUAGUCUUAACUACGAUUUGACAAGAGGAUAUGGUGCUUUGGGCAAGUAUGAAUAUUAUGAAUCGAGAGAUAAUAUUGAAGGACAAUAUGAAAUCAUUAAAACUGGUGCAAGAAUGGAUAAGAAUGAAUAUCAGAAGGCAUUAGAUAAAGGUAUGAAUAAAUCAAACACGUUGAAUGUAAAUAAUACAAAAUACUGGACAGAUUAUAAUAAAUUGAUAUACAGUCCUAGAUCGCUAAAUCAAUUGAAUAACUGGGAAUAUCAACCAAAUGAUUUCGGGAUAAAUAGAAGUUUUCCAAAUUUAAAAUUUGAUACUUUUAACAAGGGUAAAGAAGAAUAUCACCAAUAUUCUGAGGACAGCCUUGAAAAUUUUAGAAAUAUUUUAGAGAAAUGUGAUCUAAUACAAGGGGUGAAUUUGAUAAGUGAAGUAGACAGUGCAUGGGGUGGGUUUACCAAUGAAUUAUUGGUCGAUUUGAAAGACGAAUUCUUCAAUAAUGGCAUAAAUAGCAAGUACAAUAUAUGGGUACAUGGACUCAUAAAUCAUAAUUUGAAUCCGAAAUUGAAUCAAUUGUAUUCAAGAAUUAAUACUAUAAUAGAAUUAUCAUUCAAUUCGACCUUGUUUUUCCCGAUCAAUCUAAAUCCUUCUUCGGACUGUUUGGGAAGUGGAUACGAUGAAACAAGUGAGUGGCACAAUUCUAGUAUCCAAGCAAUAUUUUUAAAUUCAAUUUGGGGUUUAAAUAAUCAAAUAAAAUCACCAGUUAAGAUGAGUGUUAUUGAAGAUGAAUUACUAAGAGGUUUUGGUAAGAGGAACAUUGUCAAUGAAAUAAAAAUACACAGGAUUAAACAAACUAGUAAUAAUUUUGGAAUGGUUGAUAUAGAUAGGGCAAGCUUGUAUAAUUUGGUGGAUAACAUAAAAAUUAAAGAUAAGUCAGACUCAAUUGAUUUGAGCUUAUCAGUUACCAAUAACUCUAAAUAUUUUGCAAAGUCUUAUAUUGUACCAAAUGAUGAUAGUCUCGUUGAAUCUUUGAAUAAGAAGGAAAACUUUCCAAUAAAUAUUUAUAAGAACAAUAAGAUUAAUGAUAUCCUUGGUAAUGAUACAUUUCCAAAUAUUAUGGAGGAAAAAUCAGUGUACUCUGAGUUAAGCUCUAGUAAUACGCUUAAAAAUGAUUUGAAAUUAUAUAGAGAGGUAAUUAAAAGAAGUCGGGAAAAUGAGGUUAUUGAAGAAAAGUUUGAACUAAUUGAAAAGAUUAGUGAAUUGAUUGAAGAGUAUACAAUUGGAUACGAUGAAAGUGACGAAGAAUAUGAUUAA